UUCGUCCCCCCGAAUCCAGCACCAGAAGAAGCAGGACCCUCUCAGAGCCCGAUCCGCACGGGUUCGCCGCGCGCUUGAUGGCGAAGUGGGGCCACAAGGAAGGGCAAGGCCUCGGCGCGGAUGGAUCGGGUAUCGUCCACGCGCUGACCGUCGAGCAGAUCAAGGCGGGCAAAGGUGGUAAGGGUAAUAAAAAUAAAGGCGGGCAGAGUGAGAACAAGGGAAAGGGCCCCGCGCUGGGCGGGUCGAAGAUGGGAAAGAUCAUCAACGCAAACGAGGAUGCCAAGGCACGGGAGGACAGAGAGCGGUUUGGGGAGCCGAGCCGGGUCAUCGUGUUGCAGAAUAUGGUAGGCAUCGAGGACGCCGCGGAUGACGAUCUGCGCGCCGAGAUAGGCGACGAGUGCUCGAAGAACGGCACCGUCGAACGCGUCGUCGUGCAUGUCGUGCAGCCGCCGCCGCCAAGCGCGGAGGACGCCGUGCGGAUCUUCGUCGUGUUCGCGGGCCCCGCGGGCGCGUGGAAGACCGUGCGGGAGCUCGACGGGCGGUUUUUCGGAGGACGCUCGGUCAGGGCGCGGUAUUUCUCCGAGAGGCUGUUUGGGCAGUUUGACCUGGACCGCCCGCUGGCGUGAGUAGUUGUGGGCUCUCGUAGGGUACGGCGGGUCGUCCAUGCCUGCUGUGCUUGUUGUGUUUAUUUUGCAUGUGGCAAUGUUUUGUUUUUGCUCGUGAAUAUGAUCCGUACCAUACUGUAGGACC